AUGACUUCCACUGCAAGUCAAGCGAACCAAAACCCGGCCAAUACCCCCGCAGCUCCCGUAGCAGCUCCGUCGUAUGCUUCCGCCGCCGGUGCGAACAAGAAGCCGACAUCUUCGCCGCUGAUUGCGACGGGCUCUCACCCGCCCGUGGUGGUUGCGUCCUCUGCGCCAGCCCCUCAAAAUGGCAAGCCUUCCGCUCCCCAGCCGGUGAACGGCAGGCCCAGCAUCACCCCUGCGGUCCCUGUCGCGCGUGGCACCUCCGUCAAUGGUGGCGCAGCAGACCACUCCCGCAAGAGCUCAGUUACCAUCAAUGCCCCGGCGAUGGCAAAUGGCGGUCCCGCUGGCGCCCACAAGAACAUUCAGUUCGGCUUUGAGUCGCCGGCUAUCGCCCACAGCACGCCCCAGAUGGGUGGCGCUGCGCCAAUUCCCAUUCCCGGCAGCGGCAACCCGAGGAUUCAGUCGCCUGCCCACUCGCCGUCGCCCAUUCCUCAGAUGCCACAGCAGAGCGGUGGCGGCCAGCGGGCUCCAUCGAUGCCCCCGGCUCCCCUGACGUUUGGCAGUUUUCCAGGCGAUAACGAUCGCCACAUGAAGCAGCACAACUCAGUUGCCAUGGGUCAGAGCCCCCACAUCCGACGUGAUUCGCAGGCUUCCACUCACGGCGAAGGAGUUGGCCACGGCGGUCCGGCGCAUGGCCGAGGUGGCUUCCAGGGCCAGGGUCGCGGGCGCGGCAACUUCAACCCGCAGUACAACAAUCCUAACAUGGGUUACCCCCCCAACCGGAACUUCUCUGGUCCUAACGCUGGCCGAGGAGGUAUGCCUCCUUACCACCAGGGCCGCGGCGGAAUGCAGCAGUACCCCAACUCGCCGCAACCACACCGUGCCAGCCCAGCCACGACUCCGGCCAUGCCGCACGUCACUCCUACUAUGCCACCUGCCUCCCUGGCUGGCACCGCAGGCCAGCCCCACUACUAUGGCGGCAUGAAUCCGGCCAUCCCCCCUUACGCUCAUCAAGUAAAGUCCCUUUCCAUUAACAGCGAUUACCCCGUAUCCAAGGCACAAAAGAAGAACAAGGCAGGCCGUCGGGACUCGGAGAAAGCGCACCAUCUGCGAGGUCCCAACGGCUCUUACAAUCAGUCAAGCAUGGAACACUCUCAAAAGCCGCGGCGUCAUAGCAAACGUUGGGACCCGACGGUCGAGCGUCAUCAGAAUGCCAACGGCGGCUCAUCAUCGCCUGAGUAUUCGGAUGGCCCUCCUCCUUCGUACCAAUUCCAGCCAGGCCGCCCGGUUCCCAUGCUUCCCCCUCAGUUCUUGGGAACCCUUGACCUGUCACCCGAGAGUGGAAACUAUGAGAAGCUGCUAACCGCAAACAAGAUGCAGAUGGGCGGUGCUUAUGGCAUGCCGCCGCCGAUGGAUGGCUACCGCAUGAACUAUGGCUAUCAACCCCAACCCAUGAACCCCUACAUGGGCCAGCCGUCGCAGUUUGGCCCUCCUACUCACCAAGGGUUUGUCCCUUCGUAUGGUCCUGGACAACCGGCGGCUCAGCCGAUGUCCCGUAAUGCUUCACAGGUUUCCGACCGACCGGCCUCCAGCACCGGACAGAACCAAGCGCCAGUCAUCGCCCAAGGCACACCCCAGCAGCGACCCGCUCAAGCGGCUCCCGCUAUUGUGUCGUCCCCCGCGUUUGCCCGUCCCAAGAAGAGUGCCGCUAUCGUCAUCAAGGACUCAGAAGGUAAAGUCGUCGACCUGGCUGCCGCCAUAAAGAGCCCCGCGUCUCCGGCCCCUGCCAUCCAGCAGUCCAAGACACCGCCGGCGAUCGUCUCGACUCCCACGCCGCCACCCAAGCCUUCGACCCCUUCUCACGGUCGAACCGACAGCACGUCUACUGGCAAGACAGCCGAGCAGGUCCGGAACGAGUUUAUCAACGCUGUGCGGAAGCAGGCCGAUGCCCCGUCGGAUGCGAAAGCCAAAGAGGAUGAAGAGGCUGCCAAGGCUGCCGAAGAGAGGGCCGCGGCCGAGGAGAAGGCAGCUGCUGAGAAGGCAGAGGCUGAGAAGGCGGCUGCUGAAGAGAAAGCCAAACAGGAAGAGGCUGAGAAGGCGGCUGCCGAGGAGAAGGCCAAGGAGGAGGCACGCCUCGAGGCUGAGAAGAAAGCAGCCGAGGAGGCUAAGGCCGCUGAAGAAGCCAAGGCGGUCGAGGAGGCCAAGGCAAAAGAAGAGGCCGAGGCGAAGGCAAAGGCAGAGGCGGAAGCUGCUUCCGCUGCUGCUGAGUCUGCCAAGGCCCUGGAGCCCAAGGCAGAGAAGUCUCCCGACGAGAUGAGCGAAGAAGAACUCGAGCGUAUGAUUCGUGAGAUGGAGGAGGAGGAUGCUCGUCGCGAGAAGGAGCAGGCCGAAAUAUCUGCCAGGAAAGCCGCGGAGAGGGAAGAAGAGAAGAAGCGCGCCGCCGAGGCCGCCAAGCUCACCGCUGCUGAGAACGACAGGAAGCUCAGGGAGCAGGAGGCGGAGAUGGAGCGACUGGAGGAGGAGCGCGAACGCCGCCGCAAGGAAAACGAGGCCAAGGGUGUCCAGGUGUCCGUCAGCGAUCUCCUGACCAAGAAGAUGGAGGAGCUAAAGGUGGAUGACAAGAAGGAUUUGGCCGAGAAACCCAGCGCCACCCCUGAUGCCAGUGCCAACGGAAAGGUCGGAACCGCCGACAAAGUUAACCGCAAGCCUGCCGCUCUCAACCUGGCCCCGCUCAAGACAACGCCGGUUGAAGCACCCCAGCCGAGUGCGGCACUGCAGUCUCUCCGCUCUGCCCGUUUCCUGCCCGGCGUGGAGUACAGCAUUUACCCUGCGGGCAUUGCGUCGCCCAACCCUGCCCUGAAUGCCCAAGUUCAGAAGAAAGGCAAGAUCUUCAAGUACGAUGCGCAAUUCCUGCUUCAGUUCCAGAAUGUUUUCACAGAGCAACCGUCGCCGGAGUUUCACCAGCAAGUCAAGGCUCUCAUCGGAGACUCGGACGGUUCUCGUUCUGCUUCGGCCCGCACCCCCGGUGCCGGUUCUGGCAGGCAAGGUUCGCGCUCCGGCGCCGCUUCCGCCUUCCCGCCUGGGGGCGCCAUGGGCCAGUUUGGUGCUGCCAAGACAUUGCCUGCUGGAACCACUUCGGCAGAACGCUUUGCCAUGUCUCAAGGCGCCAUGCCCCGACCUGGUGGCAUGAAUACCAUGGGCGGCUUCAGCCGCGGCGGUGGCUUCCCUGGCCAGAUGAACCGGACUCCUUCUUCCGGUCCCGGUGGUCUUCCCUCUCCCCGCACCGGCAGCAGGCGUGGCGGCAGCAGAGCCAAGGACUUUAGCAAGGGUGAGGCUCAGGCUGCUAAGACCAUGCCCCUCACCGCAGGCCAAGAGGUCAAGCCAAUUACCAUCUCGGCGACAGGCUGGAAACCCACAAGCAUUGGGAAGAAGGAAUUGCAAGCGCCCACUGCGGUUAUUGCCCAAGGUGGCCAUCUCGACCCCGAGAUGGUGCAGCGCAAGGUAAAGGCGGCCCUGAACAAGAUGACUCCCGAGAACUUCGACAGGAUCUCGGACCAGAUCCUCACGAUUGCCGGCCAGUCCAAGAACGAGCAGGAUGGCCGCACCCUGCGCCAAGUCAUCCAGCUCACGUUUGAGAAGGCCACUGACGAGGCUCAUUGGGCAUCUAUGUAUGCGAAAUUCUGCAAGCGCAUGCUGGAGAUGAUGAGCCCGGAGAUCCGCGAUGAGAACAUCCUCGACAAGCAAGGCAAUGUUGUCAGUGGUGGUGCCCUGUUCCGCAAGUACCUCCUCAACAGAUGCCAGGAGGAAUUCGAGCGCGGCUGGAAGGUCGAUCUUCCUCAACCCAAGGAAGGCAAGGCAGGUGAGGCAGCGCUCCUGUCUGACGAGUACUACAUUGCCGCCGCAGCCAAGCGUCGUGGUCUGGGUCUCGUGCAAUUCAUUGGUGAGCUCUACAAGCUCGGUAUGCUCACGGAGCGCAUCAUGCACGAGUGUGUGCGGAAGCUGCUCGAAUUCACUGGUGUUCCCGACGAGGCUGAGAUCGAGUCCCUCACGAAGCUCCUGAGAACUAUCGGUGGCAACCUGGACAGCACAGAUAAGGGCCGUCAAUUCAUGGAGGCGUACUUCCAGAGGAUCGAUAGUAUCAUCAACCUCGAGGGCCUGCCUAGCCGUCUCAAGUUCAUGCUCAUGGACGUUGUCGACCUGCGCAAGGCCGGUUGGGUCUCCAAGGAGGCGAACAAAGGGCCCAAGACGUUGGAGGAAGUGCGAGCGGAGGCUGAGGCAGCGGCUGCACAGAAGGCGGCUGAGAAUGCUCGCAACAACCAGCGCGGCGCUCCUGGCGGGCGGCCGAUGGGUGGACGGGGCGAGUCGAGAAAUUUCUCGUACACCAGCGCACCCCCCAACCAAGUUGGCAUUGACGAUCUCAGGCGUCUCAAGGGGUCAUCCAGCCGUACCUCGAGCCAGAAUCCAUCGUUCGGCCCAACGUCGAUGUUCAACUCGCGUAGCAACAGUGGACGUCGCAUGGGCGGUCCUGGUGGUGCUUUCGGUCGUGCCGGUGAGGACUCCGGCGCGUCCUCACGCACUGGGACACCGCCCACUCGUGACCGCGACUCGGUUGCGCACACAAAUGCAUUCGGACUCCUCGCUGAUACCGGAGACCACCCGGGCUCUCCUCCGUCGACCCACGCGUCACCAGCGCUGUCCAAGGCGACUCUCGACACUGUGGCGGCAGGUGACGACAAUAAGGAGUAG